CUCCUCUCCUUUCCUCAUUGUAAACAAAUUAAGGGAUUAGGGUUUUAUCGUGGCCGUUCGAUUUCACUUUCUUGAUUUCUCAAGGUCUUUCAUUCAUCCUCGGAUUCGGAACCCUAGUUCUCAAUAUCUUUAUUCCUCAAUCUCCUUGAUUAUCAUUGACUCUAAAUUAUGGUUGAUACUGGCAAGCGCUCUCGUCAGAGGGAUGGUGACCGUGAAAGCAAAAAUCAGAAGAGGAGAUCCGGUGAUAGGGAGAGUUCUGGUGAAGGUGAACUGAUUCUCUACCGAAUACUUUGCCCAGAUGCUGUUAUUGGAAGUGUAAUUGGAAAAGGUGGCAAAGUGAUUAAUUCGCUGAGACAAGAUACAAAUGCUAGGAUCAAGGUUGUUGAUCCAUUCCCUGGUGCUAAAAAAAGAGUUAUUAACAUAAGCUGUCAUGACAAGCAUAGAGACCCUAUGUUUGAUAUUAACGAGGACCUGGAUGACUUGGUGCCUCUCUGCGCUGCCCAAGAUGCUCUGCUAAAAGUCCACGAAGCUAUACUCAAUGCCUUGGCCAAUACUGAAGAUUCUAGCAGAGACAACAAAGAAGAAGCCGAAAUUCUUCUACCAUCUAGCCAAGCGUCAACUGUUAUUGGCAAAUCUGGGGUCAUUAUCAAGAAAAUGAGAGCAAAGACCGGUGCUAACAUCAAGGUCAUCCCAAAGGAUUCCAGUAAUGCUACCCACUCUUGCGCUUUGAGUUUUGAUAACUUUCUCCAGAUAUCCGGUGAUGCUGAAGCAGUAAAGAAUGCUCUAUUUUGUGUUUCAGCUGUCAUGUACAAUUUCCCUCAUAAGGAAGAUAUUUCACUUGAUACCACUGUUCCUCAGCUUCCCUCUAAUGUUAUAAUCCCGGCAGAUGUACCAAUUUAUACAGCUGGUGACUUUUUUCCGAGUAUUGCGCCUCAUGGUUCUGUUCCUACAAUUCCCCACCCUUCAGAGCUUCAUGGUUAUAAUAACGCUUCUGGUGCGUGGCCGGUGUAUCCAUCUGCCCUUCCAGUUGUUUCGAGCUAUGGUGUUUCGGAGCGUUCUGGGGAACUAGUAAUCCGUGUGUUGUGUCCCUCUGAUAAGAUUGGGCGUGUUAUUGGUAAAGGAGGGAGUGUUGUUAGAAAUAUAAGGCAAGCUAGUGGUGCACGUGUUGAUGUUGAUGACACAAAGAACAAAUCUGAAGAGUGCCUAAUAACAGUCACAUCCAAAGAGUCUACUAAUGAUGAAAAGUCGGCUGCUGUGGAAGCUAUUUUGUUACUUCAAGAACAAAUAAAUGAUGAGGGUGACAAAACUGUCAAUAUUCGUCUUCUUGUUCCCACUAAGGUCAUUGGAUGUCUAAUAGGAAAAAAUGGUUCUAUUGUAAAUGACAUGCGCAAGAGGACUAAGGCUGAAAUUCGCAUCUCAAAAGGUGAAAAGCCGAAGUGUGCUUCUUCCAGUGAUGAGCUUGUUGAGGUAACUGGGGAGGUAGGCAAUUUACGAGAUGCACUUCUCCAAAUUACUCUUAGACUAAGGGAGGAUGUUCUGAAAGAAAGGGAUGGAACUGGAAAAACUAAUGCUCCAUCUAUUGAUUCUGUAUACUCCGGGGGUUUAUCUGGGCCUCCAAUAUUGCCUAGUGUUCCAUCAGCUGCUUCUUUGGGCUAUGAUCAGAGGGUGGAAACUGGAGGCAGCUUUGGGAUGGUUCCUGCUAGCAGUCUUUAUGGAUAUGGCGCUUUACAGGCUGGAGAGAAAGGCUAUGGAUCCCUUUCAUCCUAUUCAUCAAAAGCAUAUGGAGGAGGAAUGACCCCAUUCACGGAGGUGGUGAUUCCUUCACAUGCAGUGAGCAAGGUUGUGGGGAGAGGUGGAACUAACCUUGCUAACAUCCGGAGUUUGUCCGGAGCUGACGUAGAACUUGUUGAUUCAAAAUCAUCACGACACGAGCGCAUUGCACGGAUAUCUGGAAACCCUGAGCAGAAGCGUGCAGCAGAAAAUAUGAUUCAGGCAUUUAUCUUGGCGACUUAAUCUGGCAGCUGUAUUGAAUGUCCAGUCGAGUUGUCUUCGCUUUAUCUCGUAGUGUCCUUUUUACAAAUGUCCUAUUCUUUUAGUUUCUUCUUUGUACUUGGAAGGUAACUUUAUAAGUCCUGUGGUCUUCCUUGCCUUCCAUAUUGGGUCAGUUCAAUAUCAUCUCUCAGCUACCAUGCUUUGGGAGAUUCUAGUGCAAGGAUUCUUUAUGUCAUAGUAGUUUAGGUUCUUUGAUACUUUUCCUUUAUUGACCUAUACUUCUCUAUCUGGUGGAUAUAUAACAUUUCCUGGUUCUGUGUCUUUUAAAUGACUAUUAUAUUGCUCUAUUUUCUACGUAUAUUCUGCUGAUUAUCUUUUCGUGCCCACCUCUUCUCUGCUAUAUUAGUAAGAUUUUCCCACUAAUAUGUUGCUGUCAUCAUGUCAGCAGAUAUUAUUUUCUGUAAUCAUAAAUUUCUAUUGGUAGGAUGUCUGGUAUCAGUUUGGAGGAGGGGUGAAAGUUCACACUCUAUUAUUUUCAUUCAAGAGCUGCUGCCUGCUGGCUAUAUUUGUCUAUUGCUUCGCCCUUUCAUGUGACUUUCCACACACUCUCUUGUGAUUGAUGUCAAUGUUCUCUAUUAGUCAAUAUGUUAUUAUUCCUUCAUGUUAAGUCUCUUCCUUCACAACUGACUCCAGCAAUAUUAUUGUGUUUGUUAUUCUGUGAGAUAUCUCACGGUGAUCCCAACAGUUUGGUUUUUUUCCCCUUCUUAAGGCAUAUUUGACUUGUGUUCCUUUUUGCUCAUUAUGUGCAUGUUCUGCCUUCUGUUUAUCUGUAUGCUAGCAUGCAGAUGUUUUAACCUGUCUAGCUUUCUGAUGAAUUCUAAAUCACGUGGAUAAUUAUCUUUCCUGUUUCUUGUUGUGCGUAUAUUAUUUGGGUUUGUAGUUCCUGCAGUGGGGAUAUGUUAUCCUGUGAGAAACCACUUUUGUUUCUAUUUCUAUUCGUUGGCAUAGAUUUGCAGUCUUCAUCCAUUCUAUAUAAGCUGAAUUUUGUUGCAUAGGUUGGUUUCUUUUUCGUGGAUCUAUCACCAGAUGAGGAAAUGUAAUCAUCUAGGUACUGGUUAGGUUUAGGUUGCGGAAGUAAAUUAUAUAUAAAGCUGAUCCGCAGACAUGAACACUUCCGCAGUGCACUCCUUUCUUAUCGAGGCCUCAAUCAUGUGGAAACGCAAUUUAAAUGGUUCUCUCUGCCCCUGUGUAAGCUGCUUAUUUAUCUGCAGAUCUGUUCUCUUCCUCUACUAAUGCUUCAUUUUGAAAUUUAGAACUACCUUACCUAGUAUUGUCUCUUCUUGAGUUAUUUUCACAAAAUAGCAGACUUAGAUGGCAUUUGAUAACCAUGGUAGCCACUGUGCUCAGCAGGGUAAAGCAAAUCCAGGUAAUACAAUUUGUUCCCCUUCUUGCCAGUUACUCUUGUUAAUAUUCCACUAUUUUGAGCUUUAUGCUAUUUUAUCGUAAGCUUCAUUUAAAGUUUACCAUCGCAUUUGAAAUCUGAGCUUCAAAAUUCCUUUCAGAAGGAUAUUCAUGCGAGUCGUAUGGCAUCACAAUAUCCAUGGUAAACAGCCAACAUUGUCCUGAUAUGUGUUGGAAUAAACCAGUCAGUGAACCUAUACUGAUAUAUUAUUUAAAGAUUGCCAGACCCGUCUUAAAUGUUAGCCUUGGCUUGUUUUUGCAAUCUCAGAAAUUCAGUUACCAUUUUCCAUGUCAAUCAUUAAUCUUCAUUUCUGAUCUGAAGUUGAACUAUUGUCAUUAUCUACAUUUGCCGAUACCCUUGUAUAAAUCCGUCUGGUCUCAUCACAAAUGUGUUUAGAAUGUAAAGAAUUUUGUCCCCGCUGUCUCUGCUGGAUUUAGGUGUAUAUAGUAAAGUUGUCUCUUAAUGAAACAUGUACUUUGUUUGCCUACUAGAGUGAACUAAACUCAGUUUAUCUUUUUAUGUUUGGACCGACCGAUAUGUUCGUUGAGUGUUUUGUCCCUUACUACUUCCAUGGACACUGGAAGAUACUUUUGUUGCCUAGUCACUAUCUGUUCUUGAUUAAGUGUUAAGAAUAUGCUCAAUGAUGGCUUGAGUCAGCAAUAUGCCUCCUUGAUUCUAGUUUAUGUUUGCAAGAAGGCUUGUUUCCAAUGGAUCACUCUCUCAUCGUUCUUUUUUUCCGUGCCAGCUCAAUCUGAGAUUACGGAAAUCUCACGUAUUUGAUGUCUUGAGCUAUGUAUUCUCAUCUGAGGGUGAGACAUUAUUUUCCUACUUUUUGUUGUUUAUGCUAUUCUUCUCAAACGGGCUGCAUGAUGCCUUUCCUGGUUUUAAGCUUCUCCUCAGUUACCUGCUCUAUAAAUACUUUAUGUUUCGAUACAAACCUAUUACAUAAACAUGGAAGGAUUUACCUAUCAAAUGCUUGAUUAAGGAUAGUUGAUUUACUUCUUUUUUUCUUGUGAUUACCUGAUCUUGCUCCGAUCCCUCCAAUUCUUCACUAUUAUUUGUUUAAACUGUUGUUCUCUGUCAGGGGAUAAUUAUAUACUUUGAUGUCACUUUUUGUCUAUUGUUUCAGUCAAAUUUCCUUUGGGCAACUAAGCAAUCUGGGUCAGAUGUAGAUCCUUCAACAGAUGUUAGCUUUCGUUGUUGACCUCUUCCUGCACCGUACUUAAUAUCUUAAUUUUAACUGCCGUCGCAUGUUUUAAUCAGAGAAUACUAGGGUUGCUGACAUCUGAUGCAUAUCUAUCUCAUAGUCCACCCUAGCAAAUUUGGGUCGAGGAUUUCGUUGUUAUCUAACCUGAUACUUGCAUUAUCUCCUGUCAUCUAGUACUAAGGUCCUGUACCUAACUACUAUGACAUGCCUACUGUCUUGUUUGCUCUUCCAAUAUUUUCGGUUAAAAUGUAUUGUUUUCCCCCUUCCCAUCUUCUCCUGUUGAAACUGUAUCCCUUCAACUGUUGACACGCUUCGAAUUAAGAUGUCAGAUACUCCGUAUAGAGUUUACCUUUCCCAAUACUUGAUUUUUCCCAUAGAUACUUGAUUUUUCUCAUAAUAGCAUCUUUCCUGAUUGAUCAUAAGUUAGUUGUUAGCUUGAAGUUUAUAGCUUUAUGCAUGAUUCCGUGAUCUCAACGUUAUUAUUGUGCCUGGCCACUUGAGUCGAAUUUUUCGUGAUGAUCUGCAGCUUUUCAAUAUGAUUGUGUUCUUGCUUUUAGGUUCUUCCAUAGUUUCUUUUCUGUGUAUCAUAUAUAUCUUUUGAGAAUCGGUGGAUGGCAUCUAGAACCAAAAUGAACUUAAACUUGUUUGUUGUUUUGUAGCUCCUCUUCUUUACUUUCCAGACUACUUGUCUGGUUCAUUAUGAAGUGUUCCCGUACUAAAUGAUCUCUGAGAUGUUUUGAGUUUGGAUCUCAAAAUUAUAAUAAUUUCAUUCCCUCACUAUAUUCAGAUUAUCUUUUGAAGCCUUUUUUUUUAAACCAUGGAUCGUUGUGUUGCCUUUAUUGACUGGUACCAUCCUGGAGUGUCUUUCGCAAUUGUCUGAAUACUUGCAUGUUAAUUGUUUCUUUGCUCAAGCUGUUACCGUCUUCUCUUUGCCUCAGUUUUAAUCAUGUGGUUGGCUAUAUAUUUGAAAUCUCAUUUCUAUGGCUUCGGGUUUCACCUUUCCCGUCGUGAGGUCUCAGCACACUCAAUAUGUUGGUAAUUGCUUUAUGGUAGAUAGCCAGUGUUCACCGUGUAACUAAUGUGAAGAUGUAGUGUCUGAAGAUGAGAUCUUCAUUGUAAUGAGAUUAUGUAAGUAAUUCUAUUGAGGUAUGCUGCUUUAAUGAACAUGUUAUAUGCUAAUAAUUGCCUGUGAUAUCAGUUGAAUAGAUUCAUCUUGUUUGUUUUGA